AUGAAGCAAAUCGUCACAUUUCUGGGCCUUUCGGUGGCCUUGACUCUCUUGCCAUCAUCCAGAUGUUUGCCAGAUGUUGCUGCUUCUGAGGUAUUGGACAUUCUGACUGUUUUGAGCAGCAUUCAAGAUGCCAAGCAGAUGGUGGACGAAGCAUACAAGUUCUCUCGGGAGAGAGCAAAGGAAGACUUGAAAAAAGUCCACGCCAGCCCAUCAGACUUCCUGAAACAUUUAAAGGAGCCUGUGGCACAGACCAGGAGUGCAAUUCGCUCUGCGGCUUACGAGGAGACGGUUUUCAGCCUCCUCAAAAAAAACCUGGAGAAAUCUUUGCAUCAGCGGUUCAACAUCACAGAUAUACUCAGCAACACCCAGAAGGAAAUUAUCUCCAAAGCCACUGGAUGUGACUAUCUCACCCGGCCUAUGAGAUGUCCAGAGAACAGCACUUACCGGACUAUCACUGGAGAAUGUAACAACAGGAAACAUCCACACUAUGGAGCAUCCAACCACGGCUAUGCCCGCUGGCUACCAGCAGAAUACGAGGAUGGCAAGUCUCUUCCCCGGGGCCUCACUGAGGGGAAACUUUAUAAUGGGCAUCCUCUCCCACUGGUGCGGGAAGUUUCCAAUGAGAUCAUUGCCACUGCCAAUGAGAAUAUCACAGAUGACCAGGAACGCUCCCGGGCUUUCAUUCACUGGGGCCAGUGGGUUGACCAUGACAUGGAUUUUGCACCUAUGACACCCACCAAUGUUGAAGAUAAAGAAUCUCACUGUGGCACCAAUUGCAAAUAUGAGCCUCCAUGCUUUCCUAUUACGUUUCCUCCUGGGGAUCCACGACUACGCGAGCCGGGAGUCUGCAUGCCUUUCAUUCGGACUGCCCCGGUGUGUAAUCCCAUGACAUUAGUCCGUGAACAGAUCAACGGAAUCACCUCAUACCUGGAUGCAAGCAUGGUGUAUGGGAGUGAAGAUCCUUUGGCUAGGAGUCUGCAGAAUAGAACAAACUCUCUGGGCUUGAUGGCACUCAACCAGAACUUCACAGAUGGAGGGCUCGGGCUGCUGCCCUUUGAGAACAAUUCCAAAAGUCUCUGUCUGUACACAAACAAGACAGACAACAUCCCUUGUUUUAUAGCAGGGGACAAGCGAGUGACUGAAAAUCUGGGACUGACUGCUAUCCACACAUUGCUUAUCCGGGAACACAACCGCCUGGCAAUGGAGCUGAAGGAACUGAACCCCCACUGGGAAGGAGACAAGCUCUAUCAAGAGGUCCGGAAGAUCAUCGGAGCUGUGAAUCAGGUGGUCACAUUCCGAGACUAUAUGCCGCUCUUACUGGGCGAUGAAUUUAAUAAACAGUUGCCAUUGUACGAGGGCUAUAACGACUCUGUGGAUUCCACCGUGGCAAACGUGUUCUCCCUUGCCUUCCGAUUUGGCCACAGUUCCAUCCCACCCUUGGUGUCCCGUUUGGGUGAAGACUUCAGACCCCUGGUUCCUUAUUCCUAUGUACCACUUCAUCUCACCUUCUGUGCUUCAUGGAGAAUCAUCCGGGAAGGGGGCAUCGACCCUCUUCUCCGUGGUUUCCUAGUCGGCCACUCCAAGCUGAUGAAGCAGAACCAAAUGAUGGUUAAGGAGCUCCAAGAUCGGCUUUUUGAGCAGGUGGAAGGAAUAGGCCUUGAUCUGGCAUCUCUGAACCUGCAACGGGGAAGAGAUCACGGCUUGCCUGGUUACAAUGCCUGGAGGCGGUUUUGUGGCCUCUCUGAACCACACAACGAGACUGAACUUGCUGUUGUGAUGCACAACCCUACACUGGCAAAGAAGUUCACUGAACUUUAUGGGACACCAGACAAUAUCGACAUCUGGAUUGGGGCAAUGGCCGAACCCUUUGUUCCCAAUGGAAGGGUGGGCCCUCUCCUUGCCUGUCUCAUUGGGAAGCAGUUUCGAAACACCCGAGAUGGCGACCGAUUCUGGUGGGAGAACCCUGGUGUUUUCACUCCUCAGCAACGCCAUGUUGUUAGCGGUUUGUCAUUAUCUCGCAUUAUUUGUGACAACACACACAUCAAAGAGGUGCCCAUGGACAUUUUCAAGAGGAACCAGUAUCCCAGAGAUUUUGUGAACUGCACACAAGUCAUGGGACUUGAUUUGUCAGCUUGGAAAGAAGAGAAUGAUGUUGGCAUGAAAUGAAGAGAACAGG